AUGAUAAAGGGCGCAAGAUUGGUAUUUAAACAGAGGGAAGAUCCGGUCAAAUCCGAUCCUCCAACCACAUCUGAUUUAGAUGAUUUAAAAUUUGAAUCGUAUGGACACUACGGUCCCAAUAAAGUUCUAAAGAUUCCAUACCCAAGUUACAUGUCAAAUGGGUAUAAUUUCCUAGAAUCAAAAGGAACGUUGUUUAAGAGGAGGUUCUUGUCAGGUGUAUCAACUUGCAAGAACAUUUCAUUUUAUAAAAGUGGUAACCCAGAUUUUGAAGUUUCAAAGGAAUCUAUUGACGAUUUAAUGAGAAUGCUGAGAUUUGAAAAUGAACCAUGUUACCAGAGACCUUACAGACUAAUAGCAGACUCCAAGCUUUGCAUCAAGGGAAAUUGCGAUACCAUUUCAACAAUACUGAGGCCAGGAUGGUGAUUUAAAUUAAUAACGGUUUAAUUUACUGUAACGCUUUAAUUACCGAUGAGCAUAAAUCUUGCCUAUGAAUA